AGAGGGGGAGCAGGGGUGAGGGAGAGGGGCCGUGGGAGCUGCAUGACCACUCGGAGGGGCUGCAGGGGGAGGCGGGAGAGCAAAUAAAGGGGAGCCAUGCUCACAAUGCAGAGCCGUGGGAAACCCCCGAGAAAGGAGGCUCCCCCCGCCUGUGAGGGCCCUGCCCCCCGCCCCCGGUAGAGCAGGGCUGUGGGUGGUCAUGGAGGUGAGAACCUCCCGCGUCCUCAGGGCCUGCUCCCCGCCCCACCCACCGCCCAAUGCAUGAAUGAAUGAGGCCUCUGCCUGCUCUCUGCUACCGUGCCCAUGGCUUCCAGCACUGCCAGUAACUCCAACCGCAGCUCGCCGGCCUGCUCCCCUGUCCUCCGGAAGCGGUCCCGCUCGCCCACCCCCCAGAGCCCGGACGCGGACGCCAUGGUGGAGAAGGGCUCCGACCACUCCUCGGACAAGUCCCCCUCCACGCCUGAGCAGGGCGUGCAGCGCAGCUGCUCCUCGCAGUCCGGCCGGAGUGGAGGCGGCAAGAACUCCAAGAAAAGCCAGAGCUGGUAUAAUAGCUGGGAGCACCCCCUGACCUCGGCCGUUGUCGUGCAGGUGUUAAGCCCCACUUACAAGCAGAGAAAUGAAGACUUCAGAAAGCUCUUUAAGCAACUUCCAGACUCGGAGCGCCUCAUUGUGGACUACUCCUGCGCACUCCAAAGAGACAUUCUCCUUCAGGGCCGACUCUACCUCUCGGAAAACUGGAUCUGCUUCUACAGCAACAUCUUCCGCUGGGAAACUCUGCUGACUGUCCGUUUAAAAGACAUCUGCUCCAUGACUAAAGAGAAGACAGCUCGCCUCAUCCCCAAUGCCAUCCAAGUUUGCACUGACUCAGAAAAGCACUUUUUCACUUCGUUCGGGGCCCGGGACAGGACGUACAUGAUGAUGUUCCGGCUGUGGCAGAACGCGCUCCUCGAGAAGCCGCUGUGCCCCAAGGAGCUCUGGCACUUCGUCCACCAGUGCUACGGGAGCGAGCUGGGCCUGACCAGCGACGACGAGGACUACGUGCCCCCCAGUGAUGACUUCAACACGAUGGGCUACUGCGAGGAGAUCCCCGUCGAAGAGAAUGAAGUGAAUGACAGCUCGUCCAAAAGCAGCAUAGAGACGAAGCCAGAUGCCAGUCCACAGCUGCCCAAGAAGUCCGUCACCAACAGCACGCUGACGUCCACCGCGAGCAGCGAAGCCCCUGUCUCGUUUGAUGGGCUGCCCCUGGAGGAGGAGGCGCUGGACGGCGAGGGGCCCCUGGAGAAGGAGCUGGCCAUGGACAGCAUCGUGGCAGAGAAGAUGGAGAUCCUGGCACCGGUGAGCUCCCCUUCGCUGGACUUCAACGACAACGAGGACCUCCCCACCGAGCUCAGCGACUCCUCCGACACCCACGACGAAGGGGAGGUCCAGGCCUUCUACGAGGACCUGAGCGGCCGGCAGUACGUGAAUGAGAUCUUCAACUUCAGCGUGGACAAGCUCUACCACCUCCUGUUCACCGACUCGCCCUUCCAGCGCGACUUCAUGGAGCAGCGGCGCUUCUCAGAUAUCGUCUUCCACCCCUGGAAGAAGGAGGAGAACGGGGACCAGAGCCGCCUGAUCCUUUACACCAUCAACCUCACCAACCCUCUGGCUCCCAAAACGGCCACCGUCAGGGAGACACAGACCAUGUACAAGGCGAGCCAGGAGAGCGAGUGCUACGUGGUGGACGCCGAGGUCCUGACCCACGACGUGCCCUACCACGACUACUUCUACACCGUCAACCGCUACACACUCACGCGCGUGGCCCGCAGCAAGAGCCGGCUCAGGGUCUCCACUGAGCUUCGCUACCGAAAGCAGCCCUGGGGGCUGGUGAAGACCUUCAUCGAGAAGAACUUCUGGAGCGGCCUGGAGGACUACUUCCGCCACCUGGAGAGCGAGCUGACCAAGAUGGAGAGCAGCUACCUGGCUGAGACGCACAGACAGUCUCCCAAAGAGAAGGCCAGCAAAGCCCCGGCCGUGCGGCGGAGGAAGCGCCCCCACGCCCACCUGCGGGGGCCUCACCUGGAGGAGGUGCUGAGCCCCGUCACCACGCCCACUGACGAGGACGUGGGCCGCAGGGCCAAGCAUGUGGCAGGUUCCACACAGACACGGCAUAUCCCUGAGGACACCCCCAACGCUUUCCACCUGCAGAGCGUGUCCAAGCUGCUGCUGGUCAUCAGCUGUGUCCUGGUGCUGCUGGUCCUCCUUAACGUGAUGCUUUUCUACAAGCUCUGGACGCUGGAGUACACCACCCAGACCCUCACUGCCUGGCAGGGCCUGAGGCUCCAAGAAAGGGGUCUGGGAGCACAGGACAGUCCACUGAGCAUAACUCCAGCUGCUGGGGGACCCCUUCUUCCACCCCACAGGUUACCCCAGUCGCAGACAGAGUGGGCCCAGCUCUUAGAGUCCCAACAAAAGUACCACGAUACUGAGCUCCAGAGGUGGAGAGAGAUCAUCAAAUCCUCCGUGAUGCUCCUCGACCAGGUGAGGCCCUCUCCUCCUGGCCCUCGUCUCCUGGAGACAGACUCCUUCCUGUGUCCUGAGAAGGUCACCACCGCCGUCACCCCCACCGGCCGCAUCCUCCCACCCAGGCCUUUCGUAGGCCAUCCUUGUUCUCACGUUAAAGGCAUCUCUGAGUGAGCUGGUGGAAGCAACUCUGGAUGUGCAACAGGAAAGCUGUAGGUCAGGCGAAAGGAGGCUCUGUGUUUGGCCCGUUGCCAUCUGAUAACCCCUUUCACGGAGAGUCAUCUUCCCGGCAAGCGUGUCCGCCCAGCUCUCCUUGAACACGCACUCCCAGGACAUGCACACAGACACAGCCUCCCAGGGCACCCGCCGAGGCUGCCCUGACCGUCUGGGAAGAGGGCUGUCCCUGUCUUCUCCAGGCAUCUUCUCCCCAGUACAGCUGCUGUCUUCCUUCUAAACUUUAGCUGCAUCUAGUAUGUGUUUAGAGGCUCGUGGUCAUCUUUGGAGCCACGUUUAAGAAGGGAAUUUUUCUAACCACAAGAGGGCAAACAGUGUAGGAGGCAUCCAGCAGCCCUGUCGCAUCAGGAAGGGCUGAUGGAGUUGAAGACUCUCAGGACCGGGGAAGACGGAUGAGAGCAGGGUAGUCCGCAGAUGCUGAGGCCAACAGGGUAGCCUGCUGUAUGCUCCAGAGGCCUGGCCUGGGGCUGGAAGUCGGAGGGCAUUGGCUUUUUGAGUUGUCAUAGAAACACACUGCUCAUGAUUAGAACUACUCGGUGAGGGAAUGGCUGCUCUGGACUGAGAUUCCUCCACCUGGAAGGGCUGUUGGGGGUGGGGGUGAU